AUGCUUCUGAACAUGUUGACAAGUGAGUAUAUCACUAUCGAGAAUCCAUUGGAUGAAGCAAUGGAGUUCAGAGAUUUAGAGAAUUUCUUCCUGGUGAUGUGGAGCGGGGACCUCGACGAUGAUAGACUUUUGUUACAUUUUUGCAAAAGUGGUACCUGGAUGCAACCGCUACGAUGCAGAGGUGCUCUAGCUCUGGACAAGAAAUGGACAGGCUGGUGCAAAACGCGAACCAAGGAAUCGUGUCUCUAG